CACAAAUCUCUCUGCAAUUUCAAUAUCAAAUUUCUUUGAAGAGACAAAACAUGUCUGAGUAUUUGGUAACUGGAGGAACUGGUUUCAUUGCUUCUUACAUCAUCAAAUCACUUCUCGAACUCGGACACACCGUUCGAACCACUGUCCGAGACCCACGUGAUGAAGAAAAGGUUGGAUUUUUACGAGAAUUUCAAGGAGCAAAACAGAGGUUGAAGAUUCUCCAAGCUGAUCUAACGGUAGAAAGAAGUUUUGAUGAAGCAGUGAACGGUGUUGAUGGAGUUUUCCACACUGCUUCUCCUGUUCUUGUUCCACAGGAUCAUAACAUUCAAGAGACUUUGGUUGAUCCAAUUAUAAAAGGAACAACCAAUGUGAUGAGCUCGUGUGCUAAGUUUAAAAGAAGUCUCAAAAGGAUUGUUCUUACGUCUUCUUGUUCUUCGAUACGGUACCGUUUCGAUGCCACGGAAGCUUCUCCUCUCAAUGAGUCUCAUUGGAGUGAUCCUGAAUACUGCAAACGUUUCAAUCUUUGGUAUGGAUAUGCAAAGACUCUAGGAGAAAGAGAGGCUUGGAGGAUAGCUGAAGAGAAAGGAUUAGACUUGGUUGUAGUGAAUCCUUCCUUUGUGGUUGGUCCAUUGCUUGGACCAAAACCAACAAGUACUCUACUAAUGAUUCUUGCUAUUGCCAAAGGUCUUGCUGGAGAGUAUCCGAAUUUUACGGUAGGGUUUGUGCAUAUAGAUGAUGUGGUUGCUGCACAUGUAUUGGCUAUGGAAGAGCCUAAAGCAUCAGGGAGAAUCAUAUGUUCGAGUUCUGUUGCUCAUUGGUCUGAGAUCAUUGAGUUGAUGAGAAACAAGUAUCCUAAUUACCCAUUUGAGAACAAGUGUAGUAAUAAAGAAGGGGACAAUAGUCCACAUAGCAUGGACACAAGGAAGAUACAUGAGUUGGGAUUUGGUUCCUUCAAGUCACUACCUGAGAUGUUUGAUGACUGUAUCAUCAGUUUUCAGAAGAAGGGUCUGCUCUGAAAGUCUGAAUAUAUAUACAUUUUCAUACAUCGUAUUGUCGAUUUAUGGAUUGAUGUCAAUCGAUUGAACUCUGGCAAGUAGUAACUGGUUUUUAAUAUCUGCCUCCAGUAAAAUUCAAUAAGCUGG